UUGAGUAAGUCAGCGAUCCAUCGCAGAUGUGCCGGGGACCCACUGGGACAGAUCGCCGAACGUUGUCACUUGCAACCGGCGACUAUGUCGCAGGUAGGUCGGCAGGAUAUGAGAACCAGGCUUAAUAAUAUUGAAUAAAAUUCCUUCUUGCAGGUUGUGUUUGUUCCCAUGUGGAUAGUACUAUCCUUGUUGUGUCUUCUGGUGCUGUAUUAUGUUAUAUGGUCCAUAAUAUUUGUAAGGACGGCAGAGGUUCUUCCAGCUCAACGUAGAGGUCAUGUCAUGGUUGCCGUAGCAUCAGUUCUCCUUGUUAUUCCACUUUUAACAUUUCAGAUAAUCCUUUGUAACAGACUGGAUGGCAUCACACAGGACAUGUUUGUAGGAGUUGUAGCUCCUCUUCAGAUAUCUUUGUUAAGUUUACUGGCUACAUCCUUCUAUCACAAAGGAGGGAACCAUUGGUGGUUUGGAAUUCGAAAGGACUUUUGUGACUUUCUACUUGGGAUGUGUCCCUUUCUACAGGAGUAUGGAAACAUUUCUUGUAAAUUUUCUGAAAGUAUUUUCUCAAGACCACCACGGGAAGAGGCUUCUAUCGAACCACAACGCAAACCAGUGGUACAUGAAUACCCAGCCAAAUGCGUUGUACCUGUUGUGUCUAUUGAGAUGCCAGAUUGAAACAACAACCAA